AUUUGCAUGUCGAUCCCGCAUGCGCACUUCGGCUAGUUGCACCUAAACUAAGGUAACCUGAACCUAGCCGUCUAUCUCGCCAUAUCUCGCCAUAAGAUGCAUUACCUCCGAGCUUUACUCCUUGCGACUGUGUCGUCGCUCGCCGAGGCGAGCUUGCAAGUAGUACCCGGCGCUACUUGGACUACGUCUAACGGCGAGCACCUGCAAGCCCAUGGUGCCGGCGUCAUCAAGGUCGACAACACAUACUACCUAAUCGGCGAGGACAAGACGGGCGGGAGCGCCUUCCAGAACGUCAACUGCUACUCGUCCCCCGACCUGGUGCAAUGGACCUACGUCGGCGCGCUGCUAUCGCGCACCGCGAGCGGCGACCUAGGCCCGAACCGGGUCGUGGAAAGGCCCAAGGUGGUGCGCAACGCCAAGACGGGCAAGUACGUGCUGUACAUGCACAUCGACUCGUCCAACUACGGCGAGGCCAAGGUCGGCGUGGCCACCGGCGACUCCGUGUGCGGCAAGUACACGUACGUGGGAUCGUACCAGCCGCUGAACCACCAGAGCCGGGACAUGGGGCUAUUCGUGGACGACGACGGGACGGGCUAUCUGCUGUCCGAGGACCGCCAGAACGGCCUGCGCAUCAUGAAGCUGGCCGACGACUACCUCAGCGUCGCCGGCAGCACGUAUCUGUGGGCGGACAGCAUCGAGGCGCCGGCCCUGCUCAAGCUGAACGGGCGGUACUACAUGUUCGGGUCGAAGCUGACGGGGUGGGACCCCAACGACAACGUCUACAGCACGUCGACGUCGCUGACCUCGGGCUGGAGCGCGUGGAAGACGUUCGCCGACUCCGGCAGCAAGACGUACACCUCGCAGACCAACUACGUGUUGCCGGUCGGCAGCAACGCCGCGAUAUACCUCGGCGACAGGUGGGUGAGCCAGAACCUCAUGGCGUCGACGUACGUGUGGCUGCCGCUAAGCAUCAACGGCGCCACCGUAACCAUGGCCAACGCCGAGUCCUGGGUGCCCGACCUUUCCUCGACCUCGUCCUCGGCGUCGAAAGCUAAGCCCUCGGAAACCGCGUACGAAGGCGAAGCCGCUGUGUACGGGGGUAAGGCGCGCGACGUGAGCUGUAAUAGCUGCUCUGGAAAGACGGCAGCAGGCUACGUGGGCGGCCCAGAUAAGGGAACCGUGACGUUCCGGGGAAUACGCAGUGACGCCGAUGCGCGCACAACUGUGCGCAUACGCUACGUGAACGGGGAUAGUUCGGCGCGCUACGCAAACGUGCGAGUGAAUGGCGCCGCUGCGCAGAAGAUAGCGUUUUUGCCGACAGGCAGCAGCGUGUCUAGUAGCACCCUAAAUGUCGACCUGAAGUCUGGCAAUACAAAUGAAAUAAUCAUUGAAGGCAUUAAUGAUGGAUGGGGACCUGAUAUUGAUAGGUUGAUAGUUCCCGUGCAAUGAGUCCAGGGUGGUGAUAUGCAUCAGAUAAGCGGUAUAGGGGGAAUGAAUGAUAUUCAUACAAUACAAUAUAUAGUACCUAAGGUAUUUUGACUCCCAACAAUGUAGGCCUUCUU